GGUGUGCAAACUCAGCCUUUUUUUUCUAUUAAUAAAAAUGGAAGUUUUUAUUUAAAAAGUUGGUAAUGUGGGUUAUGUGGCGGCGCCAAAAUAUCCUUUCCCUAUGACUCUUCUCUUCCGCAUUCUAACAACACCUUCUCUUCACAAAAUCACACGACACCUCACUCUCUUUUCACAUUAAACUAAUCUUCCAUCUCCAAAUCAUUUGGUCCAAAUUCGAUGCUGCGCAAUCAUGUGACAACCCUUAAUCAUCAAUGCCCCCACCAUUUAAUACCUCUAUAAUGUGUGUAUGUGUAUGUGUUCCUAUAUAUAUAUAUAUAUAUAUAUGCAUUUGUAAAACCUAUCCAGAAGCAGCAAAGAGAGUUUCUACUUUAGCUUUUGUUGAGAGAAAAAAGAUAAGGGUUGUCAAUAAUGGCUACCAAGUACCAUGCGAGAUCAAUAAGCUUACCUUCUAGAUCACAUCCUAGUACUUCGAAGGUUGAGGAGGAGUUGAGGAAGGUGAAGACAUGGGUGUCUUCUUCUUCUUCUUCUUCUGUUUGUGGUGGGCUUUUGGGAUUACAGGAUUUGUACGACUCCAUUGAUGAGCUUCUCAAAAUGGGGUCUACCCAGAAGGUUUUGUCUUGUCCCCAACAUAAACAGUUAGUGGAAGAGUUGUUGGAUGGUUCUAUGAAGCUUUUGGAUGUUUGCAGCUUAGCGAAGGAGGUGACAUUAGAAACCCAACAACAUGUUGGGGCUCUUCAUUCUGCUGUUCGCCGGAGAAAAGGCGACUCCGCCGUUAAAACUGCUACCGCUGCUUAUAAUUGUUACGGAAAAAGGAUGAAAAAAGAAGCUAAAAAGUUAAUAACAUCAAUGAAGAAGAUGAAUGAGAAAUUCAACACAACCCCAAUGGAAAAUCCGGAUCAUCACCUGAGCUCUGUGAUUGGUGCGUUAAGACAAGCUUGUUCGACCAACAGCUUAAUCUUCGAAUCCGUGUUGGUGUACUUGACGCCCUCGACGAAGUCAAAAGCUCGAGGGUGGUCUCUGGUUUCUAAGUGGGUGCACGAGGGGGCGAUUGCCUGCGAAUCAAACAGUGGAUUGAACGAAUUUGAGAAUGUGGAUGUGGCUUUGAGCUCUAUUGUUGAAGAAAUGGAGGUUGAGAAGUCGCAGAUUGCUCAAAAAAGAUUGGAGAGCUUGGAAAUGGCAGCACAAGAAAUUGAGAGUGGCUUGGAUGGUGUAUUCAGGAGAUUGAUCAAAACAAGAGCAUCUAUGUUGAACAUAAUCUCUCAAUAGGCUUGUAUUGUAUUUCCAUAGCCAAUUUUGACCCCCUGAAUCCUGUAAAGGCAUCCAACUUUUAGGGAUCCGCCAUUGGGAUAUUUAGCUGGAGUUUCAUGUACAUAAUACGAUUUGUAUUCUAUUUGUUCUUGAUCUAAACAAGAAUAAUAGUUAAGUCUGAUUAUGAUGAAA